AUGGACGUUGCUUUGGUUGAGUAUGCGCAUCGGCAACGAUUCAACGCCUGGUGCCAAAAGGCGGGCUCUCCGCCGUGCAAGUCCAAGCAACUGUUUACCGCCCCCACGGGCAAGAUCGCCACGAGCAGCCUCAAGUGGCCGCUGAUCGUCUCGCCUACUCCGACUCCCCUGACGCAGAUCUCGUACGACCCCACGAAGUCGUUGAACCGGUACUCCGUUGCCGGUGCCAACAUUGCCGUGGAUAAAGCGUUGUACCCGAACCGGACGAUGUUGCCGUCGCCUUACACCAACAGCCCCCUUAAGUCGAUGUCGCCGGGGGGGACCACCGUGUGGUGGCGGUGGGUGCGGGGGAAAGCAAGAUCCAGGUCCAAGCGCAGCAUCAUCGGCGUCAACAUCGAGGACGAAGUGUGGUUCUCGCCCAAGAUCCUGCCCUCCCAGGCGUGGGUGCAGAUCAGUGGCCAAAUUUACAAGAGCGUGUCGUUGGACAAUGGCAAAUUUGUCAUCAAGACAUCCAGCCCCAACUGGACCCAACUGAAUGGCGGGCUGAGGCAGGUCGUGGUGGCGAACGGACGCCUCGUGGGGCUAGAUCUGUGGAACCAACUGUUUACCGCCUCCACGGGCACUAUCAAGUUGCAGCUCAUUCUGCCCCCUCCGACUCUCCUGUCGCAGAUCCCUUAUGACGGCCAACGCGUGUGUGGUAUUACGACGGCUAGCACGAUUCUCCGCACCGCGUUCGACCCAUCGAAGCCGUUCGACUGGUACUCCGUGCCAGGCUCCAACAUUGCGGUGGUGUCGGUCCAAGGGGACAACGUCCCCGACUACUACGCUAGCCCCGACUACUACGCUAGCCCCAACGACUACGGUGGCACCAACUACUACGCUAGCGCUUACCACGACAGUGGCUCCAACAACAAUUCAACAACUACAGCGGCGCCAUCUCCCACCUUGGCUCCAACGGAUGGCGAAAUUCGAUCGAAAGCAUUCUGCUGA